AAACUGGGACCAGGUUUCAGCGCCUAAUUCAUUCCUGAUUUGUAGUGUUAGUUGGGAGUGAAAGUCUUGUUGUUUCGUGCAUAAAUUCCCAAGACACAUGUUAACUCGUUUAUUAGUUUUCACCGUUUUACUUGUUAAUAUUUUAGCGCCUCACAAUCAAAUAUUGUUUUUUUUGGCUGACGGAAAAUUAGUUCAAGAUGAUUCACCAAGAUUUUUAUCUCUUAGUUACACAAGCUACAAUGCUAGAAUCACAUGUUACCAUUCUCUCAAUAAAUUACGAGGCGGAAACAUAUUGGUUCGUACGUCAGUUCACCUGUUUCCCUCUAGAUCUUCAAUGUUCUAAGACUUUGGGAGAUUGAGAAGUUGAAUACUACCUGGCUAAUACAAUACAUAAUUCGAGAAUUACUUUGUCUUGGUUCAAUAAUUGCAAAGAAGUUUCAGUUUCAGGUUGGGAAGGACAGGAGGCUUGAUGGCCUGUGUUAGUCCUGCCAAUGGUGUUCUCUCAGUUGAUCCAACUUUCUUUUGGAAGAAUCUACGGAUGGAGCUUCAACCACGUGCUGAGAUAUAAACCAAUGAUGGCCCAGGAACCUUUACAUAUUGUGCCAGAUAACAUUUUAUUACAUUUGUACACGCGAUUUCUCCUUAAUAUUCCCGAUAAGUUGAAAGAAGAUUGCGCAAAGAAUUUCGUGCGAAUCUUUUUUGAAGUUGAGCGGGCUCAUUGGUUUUAUGUCGAUUACUGUAUUGAAGAUCCUUCAGUUGGUGGUGUUGAUAUGUUCGGACUAACGCAACAAUUAUUUGGGAAGUUUCCUUCUAUUGUCCCCAGGGGUAUAAACUGGCAAGAAAAGUUUGUCGAAUGGAAGAAAUAUCGUGGAUCUACAGCUACUGGGAGCAUGAUAAUUAUUGACGAACAUUACAAGAUGAUCUUGUUAGUCCAAGGAUUCUAUGGUAAUCGUUGGAGCCUACCUGGUGGCAAAAUUAAUCAAGAUGAAUCCCUUGUUGAUUGUGCUUCUCGUGAAGUAAUGGAAGAAACGGGUCUGGACUUAGCAAAUCGUAUCGUACCGUCUCUCUAUAUUGAUCGUUACAUUGGUGGAACUUUAAGACGAGCAUUCAUUGUUGAAGGACUUCCCAGGACUUCUCGAUUGAAGCCUGGUACAAAAAAUGAGAUUGAGGCUAUAACUUGGUUUGGGAUUGCUGAUUUGCCAACACAUAUCCAAGAUAUCGUUACUAUGGAAAAAUUGAAUUCAAGACCGAACAACUUCUAUCUGGUGAUCCCAUUUAUUCGGCAACUGAAAUUGUACAUAGAACAACGACUGUCGGGAAAACCACCUAGUUUAGCGUUAUCUGAAUCAGAACGCCUUUGUGGCAAUUCUAUGAAUUAUUCUGUCCAUCUUCAAAGCAAUUCAAUAAACAGUCUGUCAAAUAUGAAAGUGAAUGCAACCAGUACUCCGUCCAAGAAGCAAAAAAAGAAUAAGAAAUCAAACACAUCAAAAAGUCCUAAUCAAUCUUUAUCUGAGGAUGGAAAAACUGGCGAAAAAUCGAGAAAUCGAACAAGUUCUAAUGUCGCUUAUAAUGCCGAAUCUAAGAAGUGUGGGAAACACAAUAUUAACAAGCUGGCUUUCGUAAGGAUAGGUCAUAUACCGACCAAAUCGCGACACAGAGAAUCGUUGUUGAACAACCAAUUGAAUGAAACUCAUCACUAUACACCCAAUUCCUUGAUUAUAAGAAAGUACUCAAAAGCGUGGAUUAAAAACCUUAUGGAUUUUCCAUCGACAUUGUGGAGUACGUGGGAAAAUAGUUACUAUCAUAUGAAACUUAUGGAGGACUGAGCUGAAAAGUUGUGCAUGGAGAGUAGCUCGCAGAUGCAUUUUAAGUAAAGACUGGUGUCAGUAAAGACGAACUAUUAUAUCCUUUUCUGUUUCCACUGGUUGUUGCACGGAUUAUUGAGAACUCCAUAUUUCAAGGAAAGCGCUGGAUACAGUGGAAAAUUCGGACGCAGCGAGGUGAUUGAAACUCAACACACAACCUAGUUCUUCUAUCCCAUGCGCAAAAACAAAUGCAGGUGAAGACAACCAGUGUUGCAGCAACCUCUACAGCAGUAGAUCUCAACAUCCACUAAAGGAAAUCCAAUAUUCUAUAAUACAACACAGAGAGCACCAGUCAAGGCACACUUAAGGAGGAAGUACUGGAAGACGUUUAAGCAUUCAUGUGUUGUUUGAUUAUUUGCUUUUAAAUUUCAUGUAACGAAACCAAGUUCAUUUUAAUUUAAAAGAGUAAAGAAUAUGUGAUGAUUUUGUUUAUGUAUGGAUUCAUUUGCUGCCUUGCUGUCUUUAUUUAUUUGUAACAUUAAUGCUAAUGCCUUAAUUUGGUGAUUGUUAUAUUUUAUUUAACUUCGUUUUUAUUCGAUAGGCAAAAUUUUCUUUCGUGUCAAUCGUGCACGGGAUGAUUGAGAGCAGCUCUAAUAAUAAUACUGUUAAUGAUGUUGAUACUGCUUUACAAAUGGUUUCGUAUUGGCAAUCGUUUCAGAUUGAUAGAAAUAAGUUAUUAGAAUGUUUAUGUAACAGCUCAAAGUGAUAAGAUAUUGUAACAAUUCUUUUGAGAUAGAUAAAUAAGCACAAAAUUACUCAUUUUAUUUUGAGCGUUGAAGUAUUAUUUAUUCCUUUUAAAAGUAACCAAUGAAUAAUAUAUGCUUUUAUAUAUACGUUUGUAUCUGAUGUUUAUAUUCCUAAUUUAACAAAAGUAUUAAUUAUUUUUUAACA